GUUAACCCAGCCUUCACACUAAAACCUAUCCAUUACUCCAUGCAAUAUCAUCUAUCAUUCGACAACCUCAAUUGCAUCCGCCGCCAGCUCGGUUCAAAAAAUGAGAGAACUUUUAUCCCAGAGCUAUCUAUUGCAGGAGGCGCUUGCUCCGAUGAGGACACACUAUAUCAAUGGUCCAGCGAGAUAUACCUUGACAAUGGAACCUUCUUACAGAAACAAAACAUACGCACUGCCUUUUACAAAGACGGAGAAUACUCACCAGAACAUUAUAUAGGCUGUCCGCAUCAGAGCCUGAGUGUCUAUACGCCAGAAUUCUGGGACAAUGAUGGUUUGCUCGAGGUAGAGGCAUGGGUCAUGAGCAAACCGUCACGUUGUGCAUCCCAUUCAAUGCAGAAAUGGAGCAACUCCCAAGGCCCCUAUACUCAUAUAACAUCCUGCACAAUAUGCCACUCAGAUACGGAGUCUUAUAUACAGUUAAAUGGGUGUUACCUUGAUGUGAAGUAUACUUGUUUUCGAGACCUUGGUACAGGAAUGGAUCCUAGCGAUUCUAAAUGGCUGUCUUUAUUAACAGGCGAGGGCAUCACCCAUCGGCCAGAAUACGAGUUUGACGUGCUUACACACGUUUGGUAUACGGCCUCGGGCUUGGGGCGGAGCAACCUUGACGAAGUUACGCAUCAAACACCCAAGGGCGUGUUUCACGUGCGUUCCAGAGGAGGCUAA